CAGCCAUUGUCUUGCUCUCGAUGAGAUAUAUAAUCAUGAAGGGGGAAACAGAAAUAUUCCUAACUUAACAACAUAGCACAAUAUGUCUAAGAAAGCUUGUGAAAUAUGGGUGGGAGAUGUUAGGGAUUAUAAAGCGGCUUUGAGACUUUCGCGUGAAGAUGGCGAGAGAAUCAUCGUCUACGAUUUUUUUGGUACUACCACGAGAAACUAUCUCUUCUGGAUCGAUUUUGAAGAUGAAAGACCUUACUGGCAACUCGUUGCGCGUGAUGCUAUUCUCGUUUGCUAUAAUAUAAUCUGUCAAGGUGGUGAAUUUACAGAAAUUAGCUUUCCUGGUCUUGUAGUUACUAGAAGACCUGAUGAGUUACAAGAUCUCCAUGAUUGAUGUUCAUGGAAGAAUCUACCUCAAAGGAUCUUAUUAAUUGAGUGACAUAAUUGGAUCGGAAUUAUAUACACCAAGUCCAUAAUGUGUUCAAGCAAGUGCUAGCUUCGUGCAUCAAAGUCAUAUACAAGAAUGUGCGAAAUGGCUAAAGAUUUGAAUAGUCGGAUUAUGCAAAUGAAUGAUAUAAACGAAGCACAUCAACAAAAACAAAAGACGACUCGAAUAAAGAUCAAUGAAAAUUGCAUUCCAUGAAGGAAAUCUCGAUACUUUUAAAACAAAGAACAAAGCGUAUAGACGAGAAAAAGCUGGAAAAUAUCUACAGAGACUCAAUAAGCAGGUUCUAUAACACAUAGUUCACUAACUAAGUUGCAGAAUAAGCGAGUUAUUUGACUCCACGAACCAAUCUUGUUAUAUCAACAGUUAAUAUACUAGCUUUUAUAUUUUUAAAUAGUGAAAAAAUGUUUUACUUUCAAUUAGCC